AUUACACGUAGCGCGAGCUUAGCGGUGUGUGUGUGUGUGUGUGUGUGUGUGUGAGAGAGAGUGUGAGAGAGAGAGAGUGAGUGAGAGAGAGAGAGAGAGAGAGAGGAGGCGGUAUGGAGGUUUUGUGGCUCCUGCCGCUUCUCGUUGUGCCGGUCCUUUUUUGGACCAGCACCACGUUCGUUUACUAUUUCAAAAAAUGUUUCUACGUGGCUUAUAUGAUGCUGUUGGCUUUGAUCGCGAUACCCAUCUGCAUCCUUAAAAGCGGCGGACGGGACGUCGAGAAUAUGCGGGUCAUUCGCUUCUUGGUGCGCCAUGUGAAGUACCUCUUGGGUCUACGCUUUGAGGUCAGUGGCUGGGAGCAUCUGCAGUCAGAGGGGCCGUAUGUAAUCAUCUCCAACCACCAGUCUUCACUUGAUGUCCUGGGUCUGAUGGAGGUUUUGCCUGAUCGCUGCACCACUAUUGCCAAGAAGGAACUGCUGUGGGCAGGAACAGUGGGCAUGGUUUGCUGGCUGGGGGGCAUCGUGUUCAUCAACCGCAAGAAAACAAGUGAUGCUAAGAGCGUUAUGACCGACGCUGCCAAGACCAUGCUACAUGACAAGAUCCGCCUGUGGGUGUUUCCUGAAGGAACACGGAACCAGAAAGGUGAUAUUCUGCCAUUUAAAAAGGGGGCAUUUCAUCUGGCAGUUCAGGCUCAGGCACCCAUCAUCCCCAUUGUGUUCUCCUCCUAUAGCAACUUCUACCUUCGGAAGGAGAAAGAGUUCAAAUCAGGAACGAUCACUCUGAAGAUCCUCCCCAAAAUUGCUACCAAAGGCCUGACAUCAGAUGAUGUGUCGUCACUCUGUGAACGGUUGCAUGCCGUGAUGCAUGCUGAAUUUCGGGAAAUUUCCAGCCCAUCACCUCAGUCCAAUGGGCCGUCCAAUCACUGAGCAUUUCGGCGAUUUCAUCUACUGUUUCUCUCCUAUUGCCUCUAAUAGUCGCAAUGCUCUCUGGCGGCUCGAGACUUUGCAGUCAUGGUGAUUGACGGUAGCUGUGGCAACUAGACACUUCCAGUAUCUUCUUCAGUGUCCAUAUAAAGCCACAUUACACACACACACCAACACACACACACUUAUAUGCCUAUAUAUACACACACAUCUAAUACACUCUGGUCUCUCAUUGGGACUUUUGGAAGUGUGUGGGUGUGGAGUUGAGGGCAGUGACCGCUGUCCUUGCCCAUUGGAGACAGUCUGUUUGGAGCAUUUUCCUUCUUUCAAUAGGUUUGUUUCAGAAAGGAAGUUUGUUGUGGAUGUGCAUUAAUCAUGCAUGCCUUUGGAUGCUUUUUCUCUCCUUUGCUUUUUUAAAAUCCUGGGUAGUUUGGCAUUUUAUUUUAUAUUUUUCGUCCCUUCCUUGAUAAUCAUUUACUUGUAGCUGAUCUUUUAGGUCUUCACAUACUCUUUUAAAUAAUUUUUCAUCUAGUUUUUGUUUGUUUAAUCGUCUUUUGCCAUCAGUCCUGCCUUAGGACUCAGCCAAUUAAAAGUGUACUUUAAGUGUAACUACCACCAGUGGCAAACUUUCACCAUUCCAAGACCUACCCCAUGAAGCAGAAGUCGGUAACUUGGGAGGAAUUUUUCACUUGGUUAUACUCAGUGUUGAUAAAAUAUUUUUCCCUAAUAAGCCUUAUCAUUAGAGUUUGCACGUAAAAAAACUAAGCCUUUCUGUUGCUUAGCCUUAUUUAUUUUGUAUUCCUGCCUUUUUACAUUUUGUCCCUUGUUUUGGAAAACGUACCUCUUAAGCUGUAAAUGUCAAAGGUAAUUUCAUAAAGUGCAGUGUUAGAUUGUACUAGGCAUAUUGGCUACUAAAAAAAAGUAAAUUAAAUAUAGCCUGUUAAAAUGUAGUAUUUAAUAAUUUAUUUCACAUGUGAAUUAGAAGUAGCUAUUUGUGGUGCUGUUAUCUUUGCUGUGAUGCAUUUAAUCUGUGUCAUAAGCUUACUCAGUGCUGCCAGAUUAAACAGUAUCCACCACAAUCUGGCUAUUUUUUAUCGCCUUCAGAUAAAACAGCCUUAGUCCGCUCAUUGCAUUUCAAAGUAACAUUUUCAGGACGGGUUCUAAGCAUCUACAUGAUGCUUUCAAUCUGGCAAAUGUAAAUGUACAUGUACACAGACCGUUACAUAAGACCUUUGGUUAGCACCACACACAUGACCUGUCUCCAUGCAUGCAUAUGCUACAUGUGUGUGGAUAAUUACAAAACCUUUGGUAUUCGUAUAUAACACUUCUAAAUCAAAUGUGGCCUGCUAUGAAAAUAAUAGACUGAUUUUUAAAAUAACCUUUUUGGUUAAUGAUUAUUUAUUCAUAUGUUUAAUUAAAAAAAAAUACAUUUGUUGGUAUAAUCAGGUAAUGUACUAAAACAAAUGCUAUAAAGUGUUCUUGUGCCAUGUGUGUGAAGUUUCUUAGCUACCACUUACAGCACUGUGAGUCAGUUAGUGAUCAGUGAUGGAUGAGAGUAUUGAAGAGCGUGGGGUGGGUGACAUUGUUUUGAUUUGUUUUCUGCAAACUAUAAUUUUUCCCAGUACUGGCUCAGUUUAUUUUGUGUAAGAUUGCAGAUUUAAAAUAUCUUACUAAGGUUACCUUACUAAAAAUUAUGUAAAACCUCUUUUUUUUUUUUUUUUCCUUGAAGGUAUAACCUUUAUUUUUAAAAAGAAUUUUCCAAAAAAAAGUAGCUGAACAAUACUCUGAAAACCACCAAAUAUAUAUUUGAAGUUGAUUCUUGUUUAUCUCUGCUUGUCAUUUUUGAUUGACAAACUUUAAUUGUGCUUAAUGUUGUUGAAACUAGGCAUUUCCAUACCUGUAUUUCCAUUUCAUUUGGGUUGAAAUAAAUAUUUGUUUCAUUCGAAAUGCCAAGCAGUUGUUAAGAUUUUUUUCUUCCCUAGAUCCCUCAUUAGUACAGUCAUGACCCAUAUUUUUCUUAAAUGUACGACUAAAACUAAAAUCUAAUCUGUAAUCAAAUUCUUUAACGUCUACUAUAUGGCCAAAAGUUUGUAAAAACCUGAUCAAUAUGCUGAUCUCAAGCAAAUGAUUGCAACAAACAUUCAAAGCACGCAAUCGUCUAGAACAAGGGUAGGCAAACUUUUUGGCUCAAGACUGGCAGGGCCAGUAGCAGAUGGGAAGAUGAACUAAUAUAAUAGUAUACUAGUAUAAUUACAUAGGAAACCCAAAACAGCUAGUUGCUAGCAUACAGUAGUUAGCAUGCUUGCUAAGCUUUAUAACUGAGCACUUUAUUAGGAAGACUAUACUAAUACUGGGAAAAGACUCCCUUUGCCUUAAAAACAGCCUCAAUUCCUUUUGGAUGGGUUCCACAAGGCCUUCCUUUGAGAUUCUGGACCUUGUUGAAAAUUGUAUCACUCAGUUGCCAGAUUCUUUGACUGCACUCCAUGCUGCAACUGUCCAGUUCUACUACAUUUGUAUGGUGUUCUAUUGGAUCUAGAUCUGGUGACUGGGCUGCUGAUAACACAGCAAAACUCAUUGCCUUGUUUGUAGAACUCAUUUAAGUUGACUUUUGCUUUCUGAUAUGGAGCACAAUCAUGGAGCCAAUAGAAGAUGGUAAUAUCUGACCUUGAAGGAAUGUACAUGAUCAGCAAUAAUAUUAAAAUUAUUUGUGGCACUAAAGUGAUUAUUUAUUGGUAUUCACAUGCCUAAUAUGUGACGAGAAAACAUUCCCCACAUCAUUACACCAACUCCACCAGCCUGGAUUGUUGACCAUCUUUGUGUUUCAGCAGAAAUCGAGAUUCAUCAUACCAGGCUACAUUUAUUUCAUUUCGGUUCUCCACAAUUGUACAGAGCAGUCAUGAGUUAAUAUAGCCGUCGUCAGCUCAAAACUGUCUGGUUAUUCUCUGUUGACCCCUUAUCAUCCAGGCAAUUUCUAUCUGCAGAUCUGAUACUCUCUGUAUACAUAUUUAUUUCUCAGAAAAACCUUAGGACUAAUGAACUGCUCAACUACUGUGCGUGAAAAUACUUGAUCAACAGUUCUAGAAAUACACACCAAUUCAGUACACCCUGUCUGGCACAAUUCUCUUGCCAUGGGCAACUGAGAUCCCCCAAAUUCCAUUUUGAUGGUUUAAACUCCUGGUCUGUAUCUGCAGGAUUUUAUGCAUUUCAUUAGUCACACUAUCGGUUGAUUAGAUAAUUGCAUGAAAGUGUAGGUGUACUGGUAUUCCUAAUAAACUGAUUGUGAAGUUAAAUUUUGCCCAUAUACUGUAUAUUUCCAAACUUCAUCAAAUGCAUGUCUGACAUCCAAAUUUUGCUUGGUAUCUUUGUCCUGGAUUACAAAGACUUAACAAUAAGCGAAGAUUUAGCACUGCUCAAAAAUAACUUCCAUUACUAGAUGUUAUGAUAACAUGUAAUGCGGUAAAUAUAUUUAUUACACCUUUAAGUAAAAAAUUAAACUGAAUGUCAAAACUACCAAAAUGAAUGUGACCCACUACUCUAAAAGGCAUGUGUCCUUAUUUAAACCUGUCUUUUACAGGAAAUAUAGAAAUGCAUGCUUUAUGUAAAACUGUAUAUUCUCAGUGAUCCAUAUAACAUGUACACAAGUGAUUGUAUUUACAGUAUUGUUCAGAACAUAUUGAUUUUUGAUGAGUAUGAUACAUUUUAUGGAUGUGAAAGUUCAUACUGAUACAGAAUCCAGACUAUUUGGGAUUUCAAAUAAAUAGCAAACGUCUAAACCAUUAAUAGUUCAUAUUAUUAUAAUUGCACUGAAGCGCUUAAUGUUGAGCACUUUGAUUUGUUUGGAGCUUUUUCAUUUUGUUUUGUUUAUUUUUUUCAAGUCACUAAAGCUGUUCCUGGUAAAAACUGGUGGUUAGUUAUAAAAUGCUGUUUAUUGCAUUGAAGGAAACUGUUCUAUCCAUCACCUUUAAUUUGUGUGUACGAUCUGGUCUGGUGUGUUUUGAUGAAUUUGUAUUACAAAUGCACAAAAUGUUCAGUGUGAAAGCCCAUUGUAAAAUCUAAUAUUACAUUGUAAUUAUACACAAAGAUGCAGUAGAUCUGAAAACAGCCUGUGUAAACUACCUUGGAUAAAUAAACUUAAAUAAAUGUCAUCUUUUUCCACAUGAUAA